GCUGACACUCAAACCAGCGUCCUCUGGGACGCUGGCCCUCCAGCCUGCCUCAGUUACCCGAUCUGUGUCUGCGCCACAGCUAAUCAGGAUAGGAAGGCACUGCAGGAGCAGCUGAGGGUAGACGGGAGGUCACGCAGAGCUGACUGAAUCUGGGAUCGCAGCUUUCAGUUCCCCGGAGGGAAGUGAGCCGACAAGCGCAGGCCGAAGGAGAGGCCCCAGAGGCUCGGAGGGCCGCGGGUCCCUAGCCCGGAGGCAGAGCACGAGAAAAGUCCGUGCCCGAGGCCGGCCGGAGGAUGGGCAGUGGGCGUGCGCUUUGCGCUUGGCCGGGCCCGAGGGCGGUCAGGCGCAAGGGGGCGGGGGCUGAAGGCCACGGUUUGCGGCGUCGGGGCGGGCCGGCCGGCGGGGCAUUUAAACUCUGGGGACUGCCAGCUCGGGACGCGUGCCCAGCUCUGCAUCCUCCUCUGCUUCGGAUUCGCUUCGGGUAUCGCCGGGCAAGAUGCGGUCUUCCUUGGCGCCGGGCGUCUGGUUCCUCCGCGCCUUCUCCAGGGACAGCUGGUACCGCGGCUUCAUCCUGCUGAUCACUUUCCUCAUCUACACCUGUUAUCACAUGUCCAGGAAGCCCAUCAGUGUCGUCAAGAGCCGUCUGCACCACAACUGCUCAGAGAUGAUCCAGCCCAUCGGCGACACCCACAGGCUCAACGACACCACGUGGUGCAACUGGGCCCCGUUUGACCAGAGCAACUACAAGGAACUCCUGGGGGCAGUGGACAACGCCUUCCUCGUGGCCUAUGCCAUCGGCAUGUUUAUCAGUGGCAUUUUUGGGGAGCGGCUCCCCCUCCGUUACUACCUUACAGCCGGAAUGCUGCUCAGCGGCCUUUUCACCUCGCUCUUUGGCCUGGGGUAUUUCUGGAACAUCCACGCGCUCUGGUACUUUGUUCUUAUCCAGAUCUGCAACGGACUCGUCCAGACCACGGGCUGGCCCUCCGUGGUGACCUGUGUGGGCAACUGGUUCGGGAAGGGGAAGCGGGGGCUCAUCAUGGGCAUCUGGAAUUCCCACACAUCCGUGGGCAACAUCCUGGGCUCCCUGAUCGCCGGCGUCUGGGUGGAUGAGCAGUGGGGCCUGUCCUUUGUGGUGCCCGGCAUCAUCACCGCCGUCAUGGGCCUCGUCACCUUCUUCUUCUUAAUUGAAUACCCAGAGGACGUGGACUGCUCACCCCCUCAGCACCAUGGUGAGCUGGAAGAGAACGGGGACAACGCUGAGGACCCUGGCAAUGGACCCCACUCUAACAGAGGGAACGGCCGGGAGUCUGCUGUCACCUUGUCCAAGGAGCCAAGUGCUCAGCCCGCUGCCAUCAGCUUUUUUGGGGCGCUCUGGAUCCCGGGUGUGGUCGAGUUCUCCUUGUGUCUGCUGUUUGCCAAGCUGGUCAGUUACACCUUCCUCUACUGGCUGCCCCUCUACAUCUUCAAUGUGGUUCACUUUACUGCCAAGGAGUCUGGGGACCUGUCCACGCUCUUCGAUGUUGGUGGCAUCGCAGGCGGCAUCCUGGCGGGGCUCAUCUCUGACUACACCAACGGCAGGGCCACCACCUGUUGUGUCAUGCUGAUCUUGGCUGCCCCCACGAUGUUCCUGUACAACUACGUUGGCCAGAGUGGGAUCAGCAUCUCCAUAGUAAUGCUGCUCACCUGUGGAGCCCUGGUCAACGGCCCUUAUGCCCUCAUCACCACUGCCGUCUCGGCUGACCUGGGGACUCACAAGAGCCUGAAGGGCAACGCAAAGGCGCUCUCCACCGUCACGGCCAUCAUCGACGGCACUGGAUCCAUAGGUGCGGCUCUGGGGCCUCUGCUGGCCGGGCUCAUUUCCCCCACAGGCUGGAACAACGUCUUCUACAUGCUCAUCACUGCCGACAUCCUGGCUUGCUUGCUCCUCUGCCGGUUGGUGUACAAAGAGAUCCUGGGCUGGCGGUCAUCCCUGAGUAGAGACAGAGGCUCUAGUGUGGCCCUAACCCACGCGCGGUAGUAUUUUCCUCAAGUCCCGUGACUUCUGUGAGUAUUUUCUUCAAGUCUGUAACUCCUGCGCCCUCAGAGUGCAUGCAAAGCCUCUCUCCUCCAGUGCGAUUUUUCUGACUUUCGCUUUUUCCUUGGGGGCCAGUUCCAAAGACUCUGAGUCUGGACGGAGUGUGGUGCUUGGGAAGUGUUUCCUAAGGGGCCGGAGCUGCUGCGAAGGUUGGCAGCCUCUCCUCCUUAGGGAGAGCGAUAGGGCUUUGGACGUAGACCCCAGGACAGAGGGGGCAGCAUCCAGGGAAAUCGUUUUCCCUCUGAACUUGGACUCUGAAGUUCAGAAACCAAGGGCACCUGGCCCCUCUGCCUGGGGUGUGCAGACAAAGGCAGCUACCAAGCAAAGCCUCUGGAGCAAAACCCAAAGCCGGCCUGCUGUGCUCUCUGCCUGUCGCCCAGCGGUGGCGGGCGUGGAGGCCGCGCAGAUAGGCCCGCGGCUGAGGCAGGGCGCUAGAGGCUGGGCUGCGCGGCUGGCGCUGGGAUGGCAAUGUUCUCUCGUGGCCUUUCUGGCUCUCCUUAGGAAGCUCUUGCUAAUGAGAAGCUGCUGGAGCGAUGGACCUGGUCUGGAUGGUAAAUGUGAGGAAGAGCCCACGGGGGUCAUGGUAACCAGCACUGUAUCCGGGGAAGAGCUUCCCUUUGAGGAAGGCAUCGUCCGGGUUCAGGGGGAGAAGAAUGCAGGGCAGGAGGCAUUAACAGAGUCUGUGCCCUGCCCUGCCCUGGAGGGGGAGCAGUGGAUGGCACCUCACGUGACCAGUGCCCCCUCCACCUGCUGUCCCCCGGCCAGGCCCGGGGGGACGUUGGGAGGAGAGGAAGUGAUGCAGAAAGGGAAAAGAAUUAGUGCGUAGUAAGCGUCUGCUCUGGGCGUGAGCUGUACUGGCUUCCCUCUCGGCAGCCUUGAGAGGUAGAUGUUCUCACUUAGAGGUGAGAGAACAGACGCUCGGAGCUCAUGGAGCGUACCUCAGGCCUUUAGCUAGUCCCAGCAGAGCCUGAGUUUGACCCCAGGUGUGCGGGCUUGGCUUCUCUCUGCAUCCUCAGCGGGUCCUUCUCUGAGGAAGGCCUGUGUGGGAGAAGCAGAGUCACCUGCUUGGGCAGAGGGAGCCUGGGGCUUGAAACCAGAAAUGCUGGACCAUCCUGACUUCUCUGCUCACCUGCUUCUGUAGAGCCUCGGGCACCUUCUCUGAAUGUCCGCGUCCUUGUGUGUCAAAUGGGGAUGCUCGUUUCUAACUACCCGGUAGGGCUGAUCUCAGGCUGCGACAAGCUGGGUAUGCGGUACUGCUUUGCAGAGUGGUCAGACGUGGUACAGGCAUUGUAAGGCUUUUCACCUUAUUCUGGCUUGGUGUUCCCUGCUUGCUGAAGAGGUGACAGGAGCCCUAAUGAUAGCGAACGGGAUGAAAGGCAAUUAUUAAGGGACCCUCGGGACCUGCCUUCCCCGUCCCCACCGUUGGGGACGUUCUCACUUUCUCUCCCAUUGCCUCUCUGCUCCUCACGCAGGUAUAGAGAAAUGUGAGGACCCGAUCGCAGCAGAAACUUGGAGGGCCCUCGCCGGGUCCCACAGUGCACCCCCCCAGGAGGCCGAGGCAAAGCCUCCGGGCCCAGCACCAGCCAGCGCAGCCCACGAGGCUUCCACGGGCUAGGAGACUCUCCACCGGAAGGGGACCACCAAGCUUGAGGCCACGGAAGACUCAAGGGCCUUGUUGGAGGACGGAGGGGACGCAAAGUGCCCACUGAACUAAGGCACCUUGAGACCAAGAAAUGAGGGGGCAGCUCCAUGCGAUCAAGACCAGUUUAGUAUAGGGUCACUUACGGGGUGGGUUGGGGCUCGGGCUCAGGUGGACGGCGGUCUGGGAGCGCUCCACACCACCUGGGGGCCGUCAGGACAGUUUUAUAGUUAACCUGGGGCAGGGGGGCGGGUACUGGGAAACAGGACAUGCAUUCUUCAGAUUUAUGAAUGGGUAACUAGUCUCGUGGCUGCCGGGAAUACGUCAGGGGAGGUUUUCAUCAUUGUUUGGGGACUAACAGAGCAUAGAGGCUGCCUGGUCCUAAAGAUUAUUAAACAAUAUCUAUUAACUACAAAGCCCUUGAUGACAGAGAAUUGAUUUACCACACAGUAUACGGUCCUGGCUAGGGGGGCGGAAGGAGAGGAGGAACUGUAAAGGCCCUGAAGGCGUCAGUUGCACCGACAGCGAUAAAGGCCUGAGCUCUGGAGGCCGCCAGUGGAAGGGAUCAGGGCUAAGCGGUGUCUGCGUUUUGGUACAAGAAGGGAUAUGCUCAGACUCCUGCUCGUUCAGAUUCCAAGUCAGAAGGCAGAGGUUCAGCAGGGCCGAGGCCUGGAAAAGCGUGUCUCUCCUUCUCACGCUAAACGUGAACCUCUGUCAUCAGCCUGUACCUAGAAGUGGCUAUUUCAGAGCCACCCGGCCUCUCUUUGUCCCUUUGUCCACAAGCCAGUUUUCUCUGUGUGUUUCCCCACGUUGGCACUCCUCCAUCUACCCUCCAUUUGAUCCUGGUUCUAACUCCUGACCCAUUUUGAUUAAAGCAUUAUUGCUGUAUCCUCCAGGGCAGGACUAGGGAGAGAGGGGAGGUGUCACUCCCGACUGUGAGGGCCCCUUGCCUGCUCUCAUCCCAGCCCUCUGUGUCCCCAGGGAAGAUGGCUUGUCAGGGCAGUGCUGCUGUAGGGGAAGGGUGGGGCGGAGGGCAUGACCAAAGUACCAGUCACAUUAUUAAAUAUUUUGAUAAUGAAAUGCCAGUGGUUACCGAGUGCUCACUGUUUGCCAGCUGUGCUCUAGGAAUGGAGUAGG